AUGAUGUUUAUCCGGUUGCAUAAGCCAACCAUUGUGUGCCUUUUAGAACCUAAGGUUUCCGAGGAUCAAGCAAAUAGGAUUUGUUCAAGUUUCGGAUUUGAGGAAUGGAUUAGAGUAGAGGCGGUGGGUUUCUCAGGUGGGAUUUGGAUCCUGUGGAGAAAUACCAUAGUAAUCGAGGCAGUUGAGACCCAUCCACAGUUCAUUACUAUAAGGGUGGUGGAUAAUGUGGCAAGGGCCUUGCUCGUAACAGGUGAUUUCAAUUCAGUUUUAUCACAAGAGGAGGUCAGUAACCCGGAAACAUUUUCCUUAGCUAGAUGUGUGGACUUCAACCAAUGGAUUUGUCGGGAAGGUCUAUUGGAUUUGGGAUAUUCGGGAGCUAAAUACACUUGGACUAGAGGGUUAGGAACUUCAACGUUUAAGGGUGCACGACUAGAUAGGGCCCUAGGAAAUGUGGAACGGAAACUAAGGUAUUCUGAAGCGGAGGUCGAGCAUCUGCCAAGGAUAAAUUCAGACCAUACACCUCUGCUGAUAAAUACCAGGUCACUACCCUCUGGACGUAUGAACAGACAGUUUAGGUACAAUAUGGCGUGGGCUACUCACCUGACGUUCCAACAGGUAGUCCGGCAUAGUUGGGAUAACAAUAAAAAUGUAGAGAUCAAUAAGGAAAAGAUGGCAGUCGCUCUUGCUACCUGGAAUGUAUCAACCUUUGGAAACGUGUUCCAUAGGAAGAAAAAGCUGCUGGCAAGAAUUAAUGUGGUACAGAGGCGAAUGGUUAAUCAGUUAAGGCCUGAUCUGACCAAACUAGACAAAAAGUUAAAGCAGGAAUUGGAGGAAGUACUGUUUCAAGAAGAACUUAUAUGGUUUUAG